AGCCCUUUAACAAUGGGUCGGGGGAGCCGCUCCGCUUGAGGGCUGGGGGGCUUGGAUGAGGAUGGCAGAGUGGCGCUCCAGCGGGAGGCUGCCCGGCCGCCUUCCCUGAGAGAUGCCCGCGCAGAUGCCCAGGCUGGGUCCCCUGGACCAGGGGCUGUAGGUUGGAAGGGGGCUCUGCCAAUUCCCGGCAUCGGGGCUGCCGCUGCCCCCCUGUUGACUGUCUGCCGCCUCACCCCGUCCCAUGGAGCUAGAGGGGCAGUGGUGGAAAGGACAGCUGGCCGCCGACAUCCACCAAGCGCUUCGCUAUAAGGAGCUGAAGCUUCCCUCCUAUAAAGGCCAGUCUCCCCAGUUAAACCUGAGAAGAUAUUUUGCAGACUUGAUUGCCAUUGUGAGCAAUCGCUUCAGACUCUGUCCUGCUGCCCGACAUCUUGCUGUUUACCUGCUGGACCUCUUCAUGGAUCGUUAUGACAUAUCCAUUCAACAGCUACAUGUGGUUGCUCUUUCCUGCUUGCUUUUAGCGAGCAAAUUUGAAGAGAAAGAAGACAGUGUGCCUAAACUUGAACAGCUGAACAGCUUGGGCUGUAUGACUAACAUGAACCUGGUAUUAACGAAACAGAAUUUACUGCACAUGGAGCUGCUGCUGUUAGAAACCUUUCAGUGGAAUCUCUGCCUUCCAACUGCUGCUCACUUCAUUGACUAUUAUCUCUCCAUUGCCGUUCACGAGUCAGAUCUCCAUGAUGGGUGGCCAAUGGUUUGCUUGGAAAAGACAAAGCUGUAUAUGGCAAAAUAUGCCGACUACUUUUUGGAAGUAUCUCUGCAAGAUCAUGCAUUUUUAAAUUAUGCUCCUUCGUUAGUGGCUGCUGCGUGUGUGGCUUCUUCAAGGAUUAUCUUGCGUCUUUCUCCAACAUGGCCAGUGCGACUCCAUCGUCUAACUGCUUAUUCCUGGGAUUUCCUGGUGCCCUGCAUUGAACGACUAUUGGUUGCCCAUGAUAAUGAUGUAAAGGAAGCCAACAAGCAAAAAGGACAACAUAAUUCUCAGGCGGCACCGCACAGUUUAUUUCAAACAACAGCACCUCAGCCUCCACAGCAGACACAUCUACAGCAGCACAUCCCCCAGUAUGUUCAAGCACAUCAAACUCCUCUACAGUAUCAUCAUCAAACUGGACAGCAGCAAAACUGUCAGCAGAUUGUGUCAUCUGGGCACACGUCGUCUUACCCACUGCAGACUUGCCCGGGCGGUUUACAAGGUGGUAUUCAGGCUCGAGGUCAUAUACAGACUGCUACAGGGGUGUCGUUAGCUGUACCCAUAGAAGUGAAGCCAUGUUUGAGUGUUUCCUACAACCGAAGCUACCAGAUUGCUGGACGUUACCCUUGUAUUACCCCUUGUUUUGAGAGGUGAUAACUGUAGAUUCCACAGAACCUUACAUUCUGUUGGCGUCCCAGUAAAUAAGGGCAGUAAUCUAUCAUUAAUCCUUUAUAAUGGAAGGGGAAAAGAUGGAAUACAAAUUCUUUCAGAACGGUAGCUCAGAUCACAGAUUCUGCAGACAUGAGCACGUUAACAGGAAUGUUUGUUUGACAGUGAUGGGGGGGAAAUACUGCUGGGGCACAGAAGUUCUGUUUUCAGCUGAAGCCUUCCCUCAAAAACUGGACUGACUCCAAGAUCGGUCUUCCCAGGAAAAGAAGAGAGUUUUUGAAGACCACUGUUUCUACACAUUUCCAUACAGUAUUGAACCAGACAUUAAAGUCCACCAAGUGCCAUGCUUUUCCAAAUAAGGGAGAGCAACGUGGGUAGAGAAGAGUGCUUUUCCAAACCGUGGAGAGCCAUGUGGGAGAGAGGAGCGAACCUCUUGGUCUAAAUCAGUAGUUCGGUUCUCAUCCCUGUUUAUAGUUGUGGGUUUAGUGUUAAAAUGUCCUUGGAUUAAGCUUUUUUUAUGUCUUUGAAUUCAAAGUUACUCUAUCUUUGGUUUUUGGAAACUGUUUAGAGGUAAACUUCAUGCAAGCUCAGGGAAUUAUCAAAAACUACUGUGAUACUAGUGUAUAUCAUUUUGCUCAGGAUCAGUACAGUAGCAAAUACCAAAGGGAGUUGAGAUACUCGUCCAGACUACUCCCUUAAUCUCAAAGUGUGAUUUGUAAUGAAAGAUGGAAGAGUAGCAUGCUAUUUUAAAAAUGGAGCCAAUAACGAACCAUAGCUGAUGGAGCGUUGUUUGAUUUCCCCCUAGUUUACGCAACAGAUAUCAAAACAGGUCUAAUUUUUAUUGUAUGAAUUCUCAGUUCUUGUAUGUGGGGGAAGGUACAGUUUAAAUGCUUAUAAGAAACCCAGACUUAUAUGUGACAGCUGGAGAGUGGGUAGGAAGAAGAAAUGAAAGUUCUCAGGUUAUACCAAGGCAGCUAAGUUUCCUACUUGUAUACAUCUACGAGCAGGGUUCUGUGUUCAUAUUAUUACUGACUCAAAAAUACCUUCUGGUGUGAAUUAGGCAGUUAUGUUAAUGGUGCUAAUUACAUAACUAUCAGAAUUGUGGUAGUCUCUUCAUGUUUAAAUUUGUACUCUGUGCUCUUGCCAGAAGCAGAAUUAACUUGAGUGGGGGGUACAGACAGGUGGUAAAGGUAUUAUAUGGAGUAUUUCCUCCAGCUUGCACAAGUAGGUAAUUUAACUCUUUAUAUGAUGAGACUAAAUCCAUGGAGGACUAGGUUGGGUAAUGCUCCCAUUCUGAGAGUUGGUAAUACCUGUUUCUAAAUAAUAUUGGGAUAGAACAUGAUUGUAGAAGUGUUGUUUAAUGGCAGACAUUCCUUGGAAAAGAAAGGACUGCUCCCAAACCCUUGGUAUUUUGAGGAAAAAGGCAUAGCUUGAUCUUAGAGGUGAAUGUGCUGCAAGAAAAUAUUGUUUAAGUUAGAGGAGAAGCAAUCCUCUUGUGUUGGCAAUUAUUUUAUUCUAUAAAAAUAUUUUCAGGGGGACUUGACAGAUAUUUGACAUCACAGUGGGAGCAUCUUUUGUACAACAGAGAAUGCCCUUGCUGUUUCUUUCCUAAACUCAUUUUAGUAUUUCCCUGUUAACUUUCUGUCUUCCUUGAGAGGGUAAAAAUAUGGUUGGAUAAAAGCGGAGGGGAGGCAUUGUUCAAUGGUUUAAUUUGUGGUGUUUCAUUUUAUAUU